AUGGACCGUGCAGGACUCCUUCAAACGCUCGCCUCGGCGGAAGCGUCGCCGAGGAGACCGAUCCUGACCUACGUGAACGGCGACAACACCUGGCUCAUCUCGAUCCCGAGACCUGACGCCGGCGCGAGCGACGGCGGCGGCAAGGCCUUCUACCACAUCCUGCUGGACCCCUGGCUCGGGGGUCAUUCGGACAGCUUCUCCAAAUGGGUCCUGCGCAUGCGGCUCAAGCAGGACGCGGCGCUUGGCAGCAUCGGGGCCAUCGAAGACUGGAUCCGGGACACGGAGACGGCGUGCGGGGGCGCCAAGGGGGCGGAGGAGCGGUGGUGGCUCGACGCGGUGCUCAUCACGCACCUCAACGCCGACCACCUGCACGAGCCGACGCUGCGGACCUUUGACCCGUCCAUCAGCGUCUUCGCCGUGUCGGGCGCCGCCGCCGCGGUGUCGGCGCUGAAGCAUUUCGACAACGUCGCGGUCGUGCCGGACUUCGUUCGCGGCGAGACGUGGCCGGCCACCCCCGGGAUGCCCGCGUGGCUGUCCGUCUUCCGCCUCCAGGACGAGAAGGGCGCAUACCCGUACAUAUACCACGCCAUGAUCAUCGGGACGUCGUCGUCGGCGGCGGCGGACGGGGCCAAGGACGAGGUGAUCCUGUACACGCCGCACGGCGUGGAGCCCGAGAUGGUGGAGGCGGCGAUGAGGGCGAAGCCGGGGGCCGGCGUCGUGGCGAUGUUGCACCCGCUCAACGAGUGCGGCGUCGGCGUCAUCUCCAAGGGGGUCGCGAACGGGCUGAAGAUUGAACGGCAGAACGGCGUCCGCCACUGGGUCAACACGCACGACGACAAGCUCCAGUACACGGGGAUCCUGGGCUACUUCAUGCAAUACGGACGGAAGACGCUGGAGCAGGGGCUCGAGGAGGAGGCCAGGGAGAAGGGCGGGGAGCAACGGAGGCCCAACUACGUCGUGGUCGGAAACGGCGGGAGUCACAUCUUGACUUGA